AUGACAUCCUCUUUGCAGAAGUAUGAUUUUGUAGAAUAUGGUGGUAUUAAAAUAUUAAUUCCACUUUUCAAUCUAAUUCAAUAUUAUGAUCACUCUAAAAUUGAUGAUUUGUUCGAAAUCCUACUCUACACUCUUUUGCAGGAUAGUCAAAUCAACAAAAAUCAAAUUACUGAUAUGAAACUAUUCCAAUAGAUAGCCUAAAUUAUCAAGGUAGACAUCCCUAAUCUCAGUUAAAUUUUAUAAAUCAAACAGUAAGUAUAGGAUUAAGACAUAUUGAAUCAGCUCUUGCUUUUAAUUAUUGAUGUCAAUUUCAUUAAACGAGUCACCGAUUAAUAGCAAUACUGCAUCUUGUUACAAUAAUUCUACAUCAAUGAUCAUCAGCAAUACUUAAAAGUCACCUCAAUCUAGUAUCUGGCUCAAUUAUUGGUGAGUGUCAAUUAGAAAAGCCAAAUCCAAGAUCAAAUUCUAUAAAUUAUGAUCUACUCCUGUCAAUAUAACUUUAAUACUUUGAAAGAACAAUUCAAACUCUUCUUAAAAGUAGCUGAAGCAUCAACAAUUGAACUUAAAAUUAAAGCCGUUCAAAGUGCAACUAGAUUGGUUUCUGACUUAUUCAGAGAUGACUAAGACAACUUUAUUGUUUUUAGAGAUCAUAACAUUCAAAAUAAGAUCCUAAAUGACAUCCUUCUUCUCUUGCAAACUGAUAGUAUGGAUUGCUUGGUGGCAACUAUCACAUUAUUGGGACAAAUGCUUUAUGGAACUAAUGAUCUCUUAAGUUAAGGGAUGAUCUCCUACAUUUCUAAGGCAAUUUGUGUAACCAAUAACUUUGAUAACUUGUUGAAUGUGUUGACCUAAUUACUGAAGAUUAAUUGCUUAAGUGUUGAAAUUCUUUAGCACUUAUACUCUUAAACCAAGUAAUAAAAUAUCCUCGAAUACUAUCUUAAUUAUGUGAAGAAGAUUACGAUUGAAUAAUAACAACUCAUACUCUAACAAUAUUCAAUAUGGUUUUUGGAUCAAUUGAAGUUUGAAUCAAAUGAGAGACUCUUAGAGAUUUUUGUUUAUCUUCUAAAAUAGAAUCCUCGAUUCAUGUUUUAAACUUUGAUUCAUUUUCAAAUUAGAAAGGAUGUGUCAGCACUCAUCACUGUAGUCACUGAAGCAAUAGAAUAGUUCAAUGAGGAACAAAUAUAUCAAGUCUAACAGAUAAUGUUCCAGAUAUAUUUCUCAGUUCAAUCAUUCAAAAACUUUGAAGUGUUCUUAACUAAACUGAUGAGACAUGUAAUCUCUUUAGAAAAUGAGUAAGAACUAUCCAAAAUGGUUGAACAAAAAGAACUGCCCUUUGCCAUUCAAAAGAUUAUCAACUUAAGUUUUCCUCUUGAUAAGUUGAAAGAAUGGUUACUCUAUUUUACCAAACUCUUUUAAUAGACUUAAUCUCAACGCACAGAAGCGAGUUAAAGCUUUAUGAUCCAAAUAAUUGAUUUACUCAAAGCAAUUCAAUCAUAGAGUUAGGACGAAUAGGUAAAGGAGAGUAUUGAAUAAUUCCUUACUCAAAAUGAGCUAAUUCUUCAAUCACUCGCAGAACAAUAGGUGCAAGUAUUUGAUUCGAUUAAAUUUUAAGAAGAUUUUUAAGUUAUCCAAGAACAGUUGUUGAUUAAAUGGACUCAGGAACAGCAAUAGAUCAAGAUGAAUCAAUCAGAAGAAUUAUCUAAAUUAACAGAUGAAAUCAAUCAGGCUGCAGCAUAGAUGGAAGUGUCUGUUUACAAAUUGAUGAAUAAAACCAGAAAAAUCAGAGAAAGGUGGUGUAAGCUUUGGCACAAUUUACGAAUUACUGUAUAUAGACCAUAGGAAUGCAAAUUUCAAGUGGAUGAAUAAAUUGAUCAUGAUUACCAAUUCCAUGAGAAUCCUUAUUACAUCAAUAAAAUUGAGAAAUACAUCAAUAAAUGUUACUCUCGUCCAAUAUUAAAAAUAAAGUUUAAAAAGAAUCCUGAAUUUGAGAAUGAUGCUUAAGUGCCUCUGGAAAAGAAGUAGCAGUACAAAUGCUUUUGGCUAAAGAGUUUGUACUUAAAACAAGGAGGUGUCACAAUAGGAGAGGACAAGAUAACAUUCUCCUAUUACUCGUACUCUUAAUAAGCGAAUCACAUUACCUUGUUGCCCCACACGAUACCAAAUCACCAAGCCAUUCAAGAAAUCGUGGAAGAGGAAUCAGAUUAGAUGGCUGCAUGA